UUGUUGAAAUGUUUCAUGGUAUUGAGGCGAUAUUUUGUAAAUAGUAAAUUAAACAAGACUAGGCGUUAACAAAUCUAUUGAUUUCGGAAUUUGGUGUUGAUUCCCAGAUCUUCCCUAUCGGCUGAACUUAAAAUUUGUUUGAAGAUUGAUGUGCACGAAAGUUCAAAACUUGAUGAAGUAGAUCUACAGUGCAUAAAAACAGUAGGUACUGCAUAGGCUUUGGGACAGUGCAUUUCAAUAUGAAUAUGGAUGAUUAUGUCAAAAUAGAAAAGAUUGGAGAAGGAACCUAUGGGGUUGUGUACAAAGGUAGAAAUAAAAAGAACAACAAAACUGUUGCACUGAAAAAGAUCCGUCUGGAGAGUGAAGAGGAAGGAGUCCCAUCAACAGCAAUUCGGGAGAUUUCUCUCCUGAAGGAAUUACAGCAUCCAAAUGUUGUGAAUUUGGAAGACAUCUUGAUGCAAGAGAACAAGUUGUACUUAGUAUUUGAGUUCCUAUCCAUGGACUUGAAAAAAUACAUGGACUCCAUUCCCUCAGGCCAGUACAUGGACAAGAUGCUUGUCAAGAGCUAUUUAUAUCAGAUCACCCAGGGAAUUUUGUUUUGCCACCAGAGACGUGUGCUUCACAGAGACCUGAAGCCACAGAAUCUGCUGAUAGAUAACAAAGGAGUCAUCAAACUGGCUGACUUUGGUCUGGCAAGGGCUUUUGGUAUCCCAGUCAGGGUGUACACUCAUGAGGUUGUGACCCUGUGGUAUCGAGCACCCGAAGUCCUCCUUGGCUCCCAGCGGUAUUCCACACCCAUAGAUGUGUGGAGCAUAGGCUGCAUCUUUGCCGAGAUGGUCACCAAGGUCCCCUUGUUCAGGGGAGACUCUGAAAUUGACCAACUUUUCAGAAUUUUCAGGUAA